AUGGUGUUCAAUCUCUCAAACAGUGAUACCGAGUCCGUUCAAGGUGAUCCAAAACCUGAAACACCUCCUAAAAGCUUCUCCCUAAAGGAGCUCCGAGUCGCCACGGACAAUUUUAGCUGCGACAACUUCUUGGCAGAAGCUAGAUUCGGGAAGCUUUACCGGGGGCACUUGGCUGAUGGUUCGUUAGUGGCAGUAAAGAGAGCGACCGUUGUCGAUCAAUGGAGGGAAGAGCAGUUCGAAGCAGAAGUGCAACUGGGAAGCUCGACACACCCAAACGUGCUAUGUGCAAUCGGAUUUUGUAAGACCAAGAAAGAGCUUUUACUGGUCUAUCCCUCGAUGAUCAACUGCAGCCUAGCUUAUCAUCUCAGACAUAAACGGGAUCGGUCCAUCCGACCCCUCGAUUGGAUGGCUCGCAAGCGUAUAGCCUUGGGAGUGGCAAGAGGUCUUGCGCACCUACAUGAUCAAUGCAACAUUACGAUCAUGUACCAUGACGUUUCCUCGUCGACUAUAUAUCUGAAUGCCCAAUCUGAGGCCGUGAUAGGAGGUUUUUGUUUUAAGGGAAGGACUAUUCCUAUUCUCAACCCCCCUGCGAGUGUCACAUCCUCAUCCCAAGGAAAAGAUUCGCAUGAUUCUGAUUCCUCUCCUCAAACUCAUCAUCUCUAUAAAGAUGCUUGUGUUGACACCACCAAUGCCUUCAGCAGAGUCGAGUUAAAUGACCCAGAGGGCUGGCUCACAGGAAAGCGCGUACUGGAGAAGAAUGUUCACGCCUAUGGGAAAAUGCUUCUUGAGCUCAUCUCUGGACAGCCAUAUUUGAAACUUGAUGUGUCCGCAUAUAAUAAAAAUCUAAGUUUGGAGCAAUGGGUUGAUCGAUUUAUGAACAAGAACGAGUUGGGAAGAGUGGUCGAUCCCAAUUUGCAUGGGAAUUAUGUGGAAAAAGAAGCAGAGCAACUAGUCCGGCUAGCAUUAUUGUGUGCUGAUGGCGAUCCAUCUGUUCAACCUCAGAUGUCUGAUGUGGUUACGAUGAUUGAAAGCCAGAUGCUUGGGCAGGAGCCUAGCAGCAGGAGCAAUUGGAGUGGAAGUGAGCAUGAUUCAACUCCUUACUGUUCCUGCCCUCUUCUCCUUCCCCCUCACUGGAGAUAUGCUAAAUCUUGA